AUGUCGUCCUUCAAGAACAUUUUUCGCAACUCGAGCAAAGACAGCUCGACGAAUUCCCAGUCUCCAUCCUCCAAGGAUCACAAGCGCGCCAAGUCCACAUCAACUGCUUCAUCUUCGCAUUUGGAUCACCUGGCAGCUGACGAUUCGUACAGCGUCAGCGGCCCCUUCCCAAGCAGGAACGGAUCGGUGCCAGUAUCGCCCUUUUCUGCUCCCAUCAAAUUGCCUGCCAUCGACGUCACCGACGUCACCGACCUCGGCCACCAACAGCAAAGUCUCGCCGUAGCCAACGUCUCUACGCUCCAACAAGACGAAUCUCACUCCACCAACUCCGACUCGAUUCGUCUCAAUUCGAAAGGCGUAGCACCACAAUCCCAAUCUCAUCGCUUCAUGACACGAGCUUCGUCUUCGAGCCACUCUCAGUGGCGCAGCGAACCCGCUCAGUCCCUCGCAACCACCAAUGGCAAGACCUCGCGCCGCGGCUCUAAAGUAGAAAAGAGCGAAGACGGUCACGGCAAAUCUGAACCGCUCAACCGCCACGAGCUCAUGAGGCGCGCGAUGGCCACCGCUCAAGAGUUCAACGAGCACGACGCCGACGACUCUGGCAGCGUCUUUGAAGACGAUCACGACCAUCUUUCCAACUCCCAUCACUCGCAUAACAACCAUUACAGCCCUAACUCGCAGCAGCCGCAUCCUACCAAUUCAACACCCGUCACAUCCAGGCAGCUCCCCUCGGACCGCCCCGGCGACGGCAACCUCUCCAUCGAUGUCUUCGACAGCGGACCGUCUCACGUUAACAGUGAUGCAAAGGACGCAUUUGCUGCUUCCCGUGGUCUGGGUUCUAUCCGGUCAUCCACCGCUACGAGCCCCGGCAAACCCUCACCUGGUGCAGCCACAGCCACGCCCACCCUCACUGCCUCUGCUACCAUGCCCACCCUGGUCACACCUGCACCCAUCCGUGCGGAGAUGCCGCGUUCCGACUCGCUCGAGGAGAUGGUCAACAACCAAGAUAACGUUUAUGCCCCCCUCCAGCGCUUCGAUUCUGCUGAUCCUUCACGUGGGCCUCCUCAUCGUGCGAGCACCCUGAUGGAGCCUUCCACUUCGGCCCAGCGUGCUACUACCCAAAGCAUGGCCAAGAGUGCGUCUAGCAAUGCGCUGCUCAGACCCACUGAUGUCCCUGGCGCCGCUGAUGGCAGUCCUCGCCGCCCGUCCGAUUCUGGAUCCAUCAAUGGUUCUUUUCCUGGACCCUUUGCGCGACUGCGCAAAAACAGCGACAGCAGCACCAUCAGCAAGGCGGGCAAGAGCAAGAAGACUGGACCCUCGGCUGGUAUUGCCGGUGCGUUGGCGGCGAGCGGCAUCGCUGGCAUGGGUGUCGGCCAUGCUGCUGUGCUGCAGCAUAGCCACUCUGCUCUCGCAGAAGCCGAGGCCGCAUCGCAUCAAAAGAAGAAAGAAGCAAAGAGAGGCAGCACAGUCCUAGGAGACAACGGCGCAGCUGGCCAUGUAUCGGGCUUGCAAGGCGGCAUCUAUCGAGAUCCUUCUACCGGCAGCGUCAUCGAGAGAGAGCACGAAGCCAACCAGUCUCUGCCGCAUCGGCCUCAACGAGAUCCUAGCACGAGCAGCUUCGCUUCCUACGAUGGCUCUGUGACAAGCGAUCGUUCCUCCGUCAGUGGCCUCGGCGCAGCGGCUGGAUUCGGUGCCGCUUCCGCUGCUCUUCUUUCGUCGAUCGGCGGAGUACCGGGCAUGCCCAUCAUUUCGCCAAUGCUCACACCGGACGGUGUUCAUCCUAUCGGUGGAGGAGGGCUGGUACCUCCAGAAGCAGGUGGAGCUGGUGGCGGAGGCGACCACAUUGAUGGCGAGACGGCAUGGCCCGAAGACAUGGGUCCGCAGAUCACAGGUUUCGCAGUCGCCAGCUCCAAGCGCAACUACGAGUUUCAUCAGCUCUUCCCUCAGGUGCCUGAGGACGACUACCUGAUUGAAGAUUACGGCUGCGCCCUGGUGCGCGAGAUCCUCAUCCAGGGUCGGCUCUACGUUUCUGAGAACCAUCUCUGCUUCAAGGCCAACAUCUUUGGCUGGGUAACGAACGUCGUGCUUCCCUUUUCCGAGAUCAUCUCGAUCGAAAAGCGCAUGACUGCCUUUGUUAUUCCCAACGCCAUCCAGAUUGCGACGCUGCAGACCAAGCACAACUUCACCUCCUUCCUCUCCCGCGAUGCUACCUACGACCUCGUUGUUAACAUCUGGAAGCUCUCGCAUCCGGGCGUGCCUAUCGCGGCUGCAGAUCAGGCAGAUCUUUCGGACGAGUAUUCCGAGAUUGAAGAGGACGGCGAUUCUUUGACCGCGGCAGGUACAGCGGCCGGCGACCCCAAGGGAGGCGAGGGCGAGCAGCAAAGCAAAGCUGGCGGUGAGUCCAAGCCUUCGAAGCGCGCUAGGCUGAAACGCAAGCUUAAGGGGACCAAGACAGGCGUGCGCGAUGAAAAUCUUGCCGCUGUGGCAGCUGUCGCUGCUAGAUCGGGUACGCCGCUGCAGAGUCGCUCGCCGGCUCCUGGCGGUAAGCGGGCAGCUCAUCGCAAGACGACGUGUCCAUGCGAAGAGAAGAAGGAGCACUUCAGUUCGGUGGUGCUCGACACCACCUAUCCUGCCGUGCCGGAAAAGAUCUACAAUCUGCUCUUCACUUCCACCUUCAUGAAGGAGUUCUGGACCGACGACCAGAAGCUCAUGGAUCUGCAGAUUUCGGAAUGGAGUCCCAGCGCCGACAACCGUAACCUGCUUUCUCGCAACAUCUCGUACAUCAAGCCGCUUGCCGGCGGCUUUGGACCCAAGCAGACCAAGUGCGUCUUGACAGAUGAGAAUCUGCACGUCGACUUUGACAAUUACGUCGUGACGCUCACUACGACACGCACACCCGACGUGCCGAGCGGAGGGAGCUUCAGCGUCAAGACCAAGACGUGCAUCACGUGGGAAGGAACGGGCAACGUCUCGCACGUCUAUGUGACGUGCCAGGUCGAGUGGUCGGGCAGAAGCAUGCUCAAGAGCAUCAUCGACAAGGCUUCGCUUGAUGGACAGAAGCAGUAUUACAAGGACCUCGACGAGGCGGUACGCAAGUACCUGACCGAGCACACGUCCGAGUUCAAGGAGGAGGGCGACGAUGCUGCCGCUGUGGAGGAGAUCGCGCGCGCUGCUACGCCUGGACCGAAUAGCCGAAAGGGUGCUGCUACGGCUGGCGACGCUAAUAGCGGCAGGAAGCGCGAAAGGUCCAGUUCAGGAGCUGCUGGCGCUACUAGUGAUGUCGGCAAAGGUGAUCAGGGCGGGCUGCUCGAUCGCAUCACAGGUCCCAUCACGGACGCCUUCGGGAUGGUUGGCGAUCUGCUGGGCGGAGCCCUCGAAAUGGUCGGUAUCGAAGGUGGUGCCAGCUUCAAAACCUUGACGUUUGGAUUCAUCAUCUUAGUGCUGCUUCUCUCCAACAUCUACUCGUGGCGGCGAUCGUCGGCUUCUCAGGUCUCAUCGGCGCACGUGGUAGAGCAUCUGGAUCGCAUGCAAGCCGGCGGAGUCAAUCGAGGCUACUUCAGCGACCAGGGCUACUACGGCCCCUUGUCUCCCCGUCACAGCAGCGGUGACACCCGGGGUGGCAAAAGUGCGCCAGUGUAUGAGCGCGUGUUUGCUCCCAACGUCUACAUCACUCCUCCCGGUGGGAACGAUGCGACGCCGGAUGCGAUCGCAAGGACAGUUGCCGAGGUGCUGGAGAAGCUGUACCAGCAGAAUGGAGAUCGCUUCUGGCCAGCUGCGGGGGCGGAUGCGGAUGGCGAUGAUCCAGAGUCGGUCAAGAGGCUUGUUGCUGAGGCCGAGGCGGUGUUCCAGAGGUUGGAGAAGAGGUUGAAGGCGGUCAAUCAGAACGUCAAGGGUAAGUCUGAGGGCAAGAAGAAUGGCAAGGUGGAGCUCUGA